AUGGCGAGCCACUCGACAGAGAUGUCCAAAGACCAGUCGUCCCCUACGCGUCCCGCACUGAAAAAGUCCGACUCGUCCACCAGCACCAGGAGCAUACUCCGGUCCUCUAAGAGAGCCACCAAGCCGGCUGCUCCGGCGUCAUCGCAUGAGGCCGUCAAGUGGAACGAGGAGAACGUCAAGAGCACUCUGCACCCGCAGGACAAAGACUAUGGCCUGGUCAAAGUGUCCGAGCCCAAGACGCCGUACAUCUACAACGCAACCAAGGAAAAUGGCCCCGUCAGCGCCCAGGACUUGGCGCAAAGAAUAGAAGCCAGCCGCUUCCAGACGCCUGACGCGGCUCGGGCUCAGCGGGAGGAGGAUGCGAAAAUGUCAGCAGCGGAGAGAGAACGCCAACUGGAAUUCGAGAGAAAGAGGAAGAUUCACUACGAUGAGUUCCUUGCCGUAAAGAAAGUGCAGGACAAGAUAAAAAAGGGCGAGUGUGAGGAGAAGGCCGAGGACGAGGUGGACCAGGAAGAGACCAAGAAGCAGGCUGAGGCCCAGGUGGAAGAGGCCAAGGCGGAAGCGGCUGUGGCCGAGGCUGAAGCAGCGGCUGCGGCAAAGGCGGCGUCAGCUGGAAAGUUGGUGCGAAAACUGGCCGAGGACGACAAAAAGAAGUGA